AUGUCUAAUUACUUGAUUCAUUUCUUCUUACAGAAAAUGGUGCUGGAAAUCGAUAGUGAUGAAUCUGUGCCUAUGCAAGAAACAGGAAACUCAGAAGCAGAAACUGAGGAACUCUUUAAGAUGGGUGUGCCUACCAACUUGCCGACCAUCACAGAUAUCAAGCAGGCCAUCCCAGCUCACUGCUUUGACCCUAGAAUACCCAAAUCCAUGUACUACGUGUUCCGAGAUAUAAUUAGUAUGAUUGUCUUGUAUGCCAUGAGUGAAUGGUGUAUAAAUAACUUGCCUCCUUCAGCUGUGAUUGUACACGUUCCUCUCUACUGGUUUUUACAAGGGACAAUGUAUACAGCCAUCUUUGUACUUGGCCAUGAUUGUGGGCAUGGUUCCUUCUCUCAUUACCCCUUCUUCAAUGAUGUUAUGGGAACCCUCCUACAUUCUUUUCUUUUGUGUCCCUACUACACAUGGAAACUGUCGCACAAGAACCAUCACAAAAACACAGGAAACAUAGACAGGGAUGAAGUGUAUUAUCCCGUCAAGAAGAAAUACAGAACUGACCAGCGUGACCUUCUUCCUGGAUUUGGACUCGGGCUUGGUUGGUUUGGCUACCUGGUACGUGGCUACAAGCCUCGUCAGGUAAACCACUUCAACCCUUUUCACGAAAUGUUCAAGAAUCAUGUUCUGGGCUGCCUGGUUUCAUUUGCAUCUGAUCUUGUAAUGGUCUAUCUUCUUUAUUUAUACUACCAGGAAAAGGGGUUCUUGCUGCUUGUUCACCAUUACUUCAUUCCUCUGUUUAUCUUCUCCACAUACAUGGUGGUCUUCACAUUCCUGCAUCACCAUGACGUAAAUAUCCCCUGGUAUUCAGACGAGAAAUGGUCUUAUGUGAAAGGUCAGCUUUCUUCUGUUGACCGUGACUAUGGCUUGGUGCAUGGCCUCACUCAUGAUAUUGGCACACAUCAAAUCCACCACCUCUUCAGCAAGGUGCCCCACUACCACUUAAAAGAGGCUACAAAACAUUUCCGACAGAAAUUUCCACAUUUAGUGCGAUAUCAUGAAGACCCAAUUCUGAUAACUUUCUGGACUUUAUUUAAAAAGUAUGCCAGCCAGUCCGUGAUUAAGAAUGAUACAAAAAUCCAUGUCUAUAGAUAA